AUGUCGUCUUCUUUCGAGAAGCAGCAAAAGAGGCAGACUAUAGCCGGGUACAAGAGAAGUUCGAAUUUUUGCAGCACGCCGGUGAUAAGCGAAGCGAAGAAGCUCAGCAGCCUAAGUUUGUCCGCGAUCGAUUCCAACUCCUCGUCGGCGAGGGAACAAAAUCGUAGGGAGAUGCUGCUGGGAGAUUUGGCGAGGAAGCAGAGGAGGAAGAAGAAAUUGCAGCAGAAGUCGAAACCCAAAAAGAAGUCGAAACGAAUUAAGAGAGAAAUAAAAACGAAUUACGAUGACGAGAAAUUAGAUACAAGCAGUGAUACAGAUUGGGAAACUUGCGACGAGGAAUCAAGGCGUCAGCUUUUAGUCAGGGAAGCUUCGACUUCUUCUUCCGCUUCCGGAUCCAGGACUCCCGAUGCCGUAUUUCGAAAUACGAACGUAGGAUCGCCGGAGAAGGUUCGACGAACUUCUCAGUUUGUUGAAAAUCGUUUGGAUUCGCCACUUUUGAGGUCACGCGCGUACCAGAUCGAAAGUCCAGAGAAAGUGAACGUUCUACGAUCCAAAGUAUCUACGAUCCAGAAGAAAGCUUUCAUUUCGAAAAGGUUGAGCAAGCAAAGUUGCGUAAGGAGAUGGGCAUCGUGCGUGGAUGUUGGGACAAAUCUUUGCAGAAAUGGGUUCGAUUUUACGACGUGUACGACUUCCCCGCGGCGGAAGACAAGUUCAAAAGGCGAAUCACUUUGAAUCAGUUCCUUCAAAAAUGCCGAGACAAGAAAAGACGUUUGGAGGAGGCGGAAUCUAAAUGUUCAGAAAAUGUCAAAGAAAAUAUCGAAGGAAGUGGCAAGAAGAAUUUGAGCUCAAAUAACAGGGGGGAAAAGAAAAGAAAACACGUCGAAGAUGUUCAAUUUGAACCGAAGAAAUCUAGAGGAACGAUGACAGACAUAUCGGACUCAGAAUUGCAAAGGAUAAACAGAGUUCGUCAAUUUGCAUCGCGAUUGAACGCGAGGAGAAAGAUGAUACUUGAUACGACUUCAGCCUCGACUUCGAAAAAUACUGAAUCUCAUCGUGGUAUAUCCGCGUUGAAAAGGAUAAAUGAGAAUGAUGAUGAUGAAGAUGAAAGAGUAAAAAACGUCAAAAUAAACGACGUCUGCAUCGUCGGUAUGAGUUUGUUUUUUGGCUUUAUACGCAACAUGUUUCUCACGAUACUGGAGUUGGUUUGGUUCGGCAAACGAAAAUUAACAAAUUCUUUGAGUAUAUACGUGAAGACCAACACUGGCAAUACGUUCCCCGUUGACUUGGACCCAAAAUGGGACAUAAAAAACGUGAAAGAGAUAGUGGCAUCUCAAAUGGGGAUAUUACCUAAGGACAUAAAAAUAAUAUUUGCAGGGAAAGAGCUGCACAAUUCGACAAUAAUAGAAGAAUGUGACCUGGGUCAGCAGAGUAUAUUGCACGCAGUUCGUACACCGUCGCAGAGAUCGAAUAAAAGCAAGGAUACCGACAUCAUUGACGAGUGUCUAGAAAUAUCUGAAUUGAACGACAGCGGUGGAAAACCGAUGAACGAAACUCUUACCGACUUACCUUUGGAUGAAUCAGAGCCACAAGACAAUUCAUCCGUAGAAGAGAAACAUGAGAAUCGAGCACAUUUCUUUGUAUAUUGUUCAACACCAUGCAAAGCUGUAACAGUUGGAAAAUUAAGAGUAAGAUGUGCAACCUGUAACAGUGGGGCAGUUACAGUAGAUAGAGAUCCUCAGUGUUGGCCAGAUGUAUUACAGCCAAGGAGAAUAACGGUUCAUUGUGAAAAUGAUUUUUGUCCAGUACCUACGCAUAUAUCCAAUGAUACUGAGUCCCAAGUAUUGUAUGCGCGUUUUUAUUUCAAAUGUGGGAAACAUGUUAGUUUGGGAGAGGGGGAUGAAGCUGUUCCUUUGUACCUUAUAAAACCAAACUUAAGAAGGAUACCUUGUCUUGCCUGUACAGAUGUUAGGGAUAUGGUCUUGGUUUUCCCCUGCGAAGCUGGUCACGUAACCUGUCUUGAUUGCUUUAAAGACUAUUGUUCAGUUCGUUUAAGGGAACGCCAAUUUCAGUUUGAUGAAAUUAAAGGAUAUUAUACGCUUCCAUGUCCAGCUGGAUGUCCAAACUCUUUUAUUCCAGAAGUACAUCAUUUUCAUUUGCUUACAUCUGAACAGUAUGAACAGUAUCAAAGAUUUAGUACAGAAGAAUAUGUUCUACGUGCUGGUGGAAUUUUAUGUCCAAGACCAGAUUGUGGUAUGGGUAUUAUACCAGAAUCUUCAGACAAUGGUAGUGAAGAAUGCAGAAAAAUUCAGUGUAUUGGUGGUUGUGGGUAUGUUUUUUGUAGACGAUGUUUACAAGGCUUCCAUUUAGGAGAAUGUGAAUUGCAACCUUCCGAGUCUUUCAGUACAACGCACAAAUCUGGAUAUCUAGUCGAUCCACAAAGAGCUAACGAUGAGGAUGCAUGCACAUGGUUUGCACCAGAGCGGGCUGUGGUUAUCAUUGGUGCUGGGUAUGUCAGACAGAAUGGACAAGAAACUGCAUGGGCAAUCAUUGGUUUGGAUAAUUUUCUAACUAUUUAUAUAAUAAGAAUAUAGUAUAUUAUUUUGUAUAAAUAUAAAUAAAAUAGAAGAAUUAAAAAUACAGUCAUAAUUACUAUCAUGAAUUAUACUAGUCAAUUGUACUAAUACUAGUCAAUUCAAGAUAGUAAGUGGAAAUAAAUUCUAUAAAGUUUCGAAUAUAUUUUGAAAUAAGGAAUGACAUUUUAAUGUUUCUUUUCAUACUAUGUAUUUUUUUGUAAUCAGAUGUGUGAAUCAUUAAUUUAUUAAAAUUUUUUCAUUUAGUUUGUAAAAAUUCCAUGUAUGAGCGUAACUAAUAGUCAUUGUAUAUGUAUGUAUAUAACAAUUGUGUAUUUAAAUUUAUAUAUAAAUCUUUGAACGAUAAAUGUAAAAGUGCC